AUGGCUAUGCCGAGUAGAGGAUCUCUGCCUGGUGGGAGCAGGCAGAUAGAUUUCUGUACUCUCGCCAUAACAUUAGACGAAAUCGAAUAUGAACCUCCUACGCCUCCUGUACGAGAUAUAGUCGGUGGAGCUGGCUCGUUUGCCGCCAUCGGUGCACGCAUUGCUGCUGGCAAGGAUCACUCACGCUCAGUUGGCUGGAUCGUCGAUACGGGCUAUGAUUUCCCAGAGCAUGUUAGAGACCUGAUUGCAAGCUGGGAGACGCACUGCGUCUUUAGAGAGGAUAUGAACAGACAAACUACCAAAGGGUGGAAUGGCUACGAGGCUAACGAGAAGAGAGUAUUCAAGUAUCUUACGCCCAAGAUACAGAUUGUGCCUGAGACACUUACGGAGGAGCUUGUCCUUUCAAAUACUUUCCACAUGUCAUGCUCUGCAGACAGAUGCUAUAAUAUAGUGCAAGGGAUACUGGAAAGACGGCGUGAGCUCGGUGAGAGGCACAAGCUAGAGCUAAGGCGUCCAAUAUUUGUCUGGGAGCCGUUCCCGGACUCUUGUCAUCCAGAAGAGCUCUCGAGGUUCUACGAGGUAAUUCGUCAUGUAGACGUGGUGAGCCCAAAUGAACAUGAGAUGGGAAGCUACUUUAGCAAUUCCUCAUGGCACUUUGAUAAUCCCCGGGACCAAGAGAUAUGCCGGUCUAUUGUCAAGUCCGGCAUAGGAAUAGAUGGAAACGGAGUACUAGUUGUUCGGGCAGGACGGGAUGGAUGCUAUGCCUUUUCUCGAGAUGACCAGGUAGCGCUUCCCGCGUAUCUAGAGUCGAAGGCUGUAGAUCCUACCGGUGCCGGGAAUUCGUUCCUUGGAGCACUUUGCCAGGUGCUUGCGGGGUCUAAUCGCGCUCCUAUCGAGGCUACUCGUGAGAUUAUGGAAAAGUCUGGUGACUGGAGAGCAGUUUGCACCACAUGGGAUGAUAGGGGAAAUAUUCUAGCUGGAUUGGUAUGUGCCACUGUUGCAGCAAGCUAUGUAAUCGAGCAAGUAGGCGUUCCCGUCCUUUCUUUCUCGCCCGAAGGUGAAGAGUACUGGAAUGGAACGAGUUAUGUUGGGCGAGUCCGCCGAUAUACCAGGCAACUCGUCGACACACAGGACUCCCAUAAGAGACAAAAACUUGAAGUGGCUCAAUAA